AUGAAGGCGUUAUCGAUCUAUAAUAAAGAUUUUAAGCCUUAUACACCGCACAAUUUCUGCCGCGGUAGUCUUGAGGAAAUAAAACAGCGCACUCGGGAUCUUUAUCAAUAUUGGAUAUUACCUAAUUUUAAAGAAGUUACACCCGAAUGGGAACACAUGACGAGAUGUAUCGUCGAAUCAGUAAAUUACUUUUCCUUGAUGAAUAUACCUUAUAAAACUAUGGCAUUACUCGCUAUGGAUGCCUUAAAUAUAAAUAUGCCGCAUAUAUAUGCGUCAAUGAACUACGUGGAAUGGAUUACUUAUAAAAGCGGCAGAUUUAUAUUGCGCUACGUUUUAAGAUUCUCAAGCUUCCGAAUAAUUUUUAAUACACUGAUCGGCAAAGUACUCAAUGUUGCGAUGAAUUUGAGUCCAGAAAAAGAAGCAGAACUUCAGAAAAAAUCGGAAAAGCUAUUAUCAAGUUUUUCCAUUAUGCAUUAAUAGUGAAACGCAGUUGUGUAAAUUUGGAACGUAUCUUAAUUUAAAUAUCCCGAGUAAACAUUUUUAUAUAUAAUUAUAGGUAUUAUUCGGACAGCUUGAAAAAGUUGGAGAAUCGUUGGCUCAAGGAUAUCGAGCUGAAAGAAGACUAUGUUGAGAAAUAAAAAAAUGAAUUAAUAAAAAAAAUGUGUUUUACUAUG